AAAUUCUGAAAAAUACUGCAAGAAUGAAAUUUCAAAUCUUUUUGGGCCCUUAGAAAAAAAAGAGGUUCUCGCUGCGGUUGCCGCCGAGGCUGGAGUUGAAGCAGUGGCACCAACAGGCAACAGCGACAUCCACUUAAAUGAAGACGAUCUUGAGUUGACAAGGAAGAGAAACAAAGAUGAGCGGGUCACGACUGUGCUCCUUGCUCGUCGAAUUAGGGUUUGAAGAUUCCGAAUCGUUGGACCCUGACAGCUUCGAAUGGCCGUUCCAGUACGAACAAACUCGCCCCGUCCUCCACUGGAUCUGCUCCAGCCUCCGCCCCUCCAACAUCCUCUCCCUCUCUGAUCUCUCUCAGUAUGAGCAAUUCAAGAAAGAAGGGAAGCUUUUGGAGGGGGAAGAUUUGGACUUCGCUUAUGAUAGCAUUUUGGCCUUCUCUGACACCAGAGACAACCAGGAAGCCGUCUUUGGCGCCGCCGAAGAGGGAUUGAAGGAUAUAAGGGAGGCAACUCUGGCAUAUAAAGCUGAAGCUUCAGAUUUGCAAAGACAGCUAAGGCAACUGCAAUCACAGUAUGAUUUGCUUACAAGCCAGGCAUCAACUUUAACGCAAGGAAGACGGGCACGGGUUGCUGCAACAUCUAUUGUAAAUGGACACCUUACAACAAUAGAUGAUAACCUUUCAGUUAGAAAUUUACAGAUGAAUGCAGUUCUUGGAAGAAUUGCUUCCACAGCACAAGAGUUGGCUUGUUAUCAUUCGGGAGAUGAGGAUGGUAUAUAUUUGGCAUACUCAGACUUCAAUCAAUACCUACUUGGAGACAAAUCUUGUUUAGCUGAGCUAAAUCAGUGGUUUGCUAAGCAACUGGAAACCGGUCCAUUCCGACUUGUUGCUGAGGAGGGAAAAUCUAAAUGCUCUUGGGUGAGUCUUGAUGAUAUCUCAAAUAUAUAUGUCAGAGAUUUGGAAAAAUCACACCAUCAACGUGUAUCUGAGUUGCAACGGCUUCGAUCAGUAUUUGGAAUAAGUGAAAGGCAAUGGGUGGAAGCACAAGUUGAAAAUGCCAAGCAGCAGGCUAUUUUAAUGACACUUAAAUCUCAGGUUUCAUCAGAUGAAGCUCACAUUCAUCUUGAUCUUCAUUCUCUCAGGAGAAAGUAUUCUGAAUUGAAAGGAGAACUUUCGAAUCUGUAUAGCCGUGAGGAGAAAUUGCUAUCAGAGACUAUUCCAGAUUUGUGCUGGGAGCUAGCUCAACUCCAAGACACAUAUGUUUUACAGGGUGAUUAUGAUUUGAAGGUCAUGCGCCAAGAGUACUACAUUAACCGGCAAAAAACUUUCAUAAACCAUCUUAUAACUCUACUUGCCAGGCAUCAGUUGUUAAAGAUAGCCUGCCAAUUAGAAAAGAAGAACAUGCUUGGAGCCUAUUCGCUACUGAAAGUCAUAGAGUUAGAGUUGCAAGCCUAUGUGUCUGCAACAGAGGGACGGGUGUGUCGGUGCCUGGCCCUUAUUCAAGCUGCAUCAGAUGUUCAAGAACAAGGGGGAGUACAUGACAGUGAUAAUUUCUUGCAUGCUAUUAGAGACCUACUAAAAGUUUAUUCAAAUACUCAAGCUGCAUUAUCGACAUAUGUAUCAGCACCAGGCAUUGUCCAGCAGAUAUCAGCUCUCAAUUCAGAGUUGAUGACCCUUCAGUCAGACCUUGAGAAUUCUCUUCCUGAAGACAGAAAUAGGUGUAUUAAUGAACUGUGCACCCUCAUUCAAAGUUUGCAGCAACUGCUCUUCGCAUCUUCAACAACAGCCCAGCCUAUUCUAACUCCUCGGCCAUUAAUGAAAGAGCUUGACGAAAUGGAAAAGAUGAAUGGAAAGCUCUCGGCUGCUGUGGAGGAGGUCACACUCGAGCAUGUCAAGAAGAAUGAGAUUGUGAAACAUCAUUCGCAAGAAAGUGGACUUCAAAGGAGAGUCUUCGUUGAUUUCUUUUGCCACCCAGAGCGUUUGAAGAGCCAAGUCAGGGAACUGAAUGCUACAAUCAGAGCCUUACAAAUAACUUAGGAAAAAAAAUCAUGUAAUUCUUGCUAACUAAACUAUAAAUGUAUAAAUACAUCGUGUUUGAUUAAGAGUAAUUUAUACAGCUCUAUGGAUAUAUUCCAAAAGUACCUAAAAUUAGUAUUACAAAUAGUUCAUUGUUAUUA